GACAACGUCAACUUCCGGUUUUCAGCCAUUUUGAUACCCGGCAGACCGAGAAUUUUGAAGAUCGAAUAAAUCUUCAAACAUCUUAAAAUCUAUAAAGAAUUUGCGAUAUUUUAUUUACAUGAAGUAGUAAUAGUACACUUACAAUCAUGCAAAACGCAAUUUGGAAGAUUCGUGAGAUCAGUGACAAAGUCACAAAUGUUGUGAUGAACUACAGUGAGGUGGAGGCUAAGGUGCGUGAAGCCACAAAUGAUGAGCAAUGGGGGCCUCAUGGAGCUUUGAUGGCAGAAAUUGCCAAAGAAACCUACACUUACGAACAUUUUCCAGAGGUGAUGGGUAUGUUGUGGAAACGUAUGCUGCAAGACAAUAAGAAAAACUGGAGACGAGUUUAUAAGUCAUUGCUGCUUCUAUCUUACCUAAUCCUGAACGGUUCAGAGAGGGUUGUAACAUCUGCCAGGGAACAUCUCUAUGAUCUACGAAGCCUUGAAAACUACACAUUCACAGAUGAAAUAGGCAAAGACCAAGGCCUAAAUGUUCGCCAAAAAGUGAAGGAUUUAGUUGAUUUCAUCCAAGAUGAUGAACGUCUGCGGGCAGAUCGAAAGAAAGCCAGAAAGGCCAAGGACAAAUAUGUAGGAGUCUCGUCAUCAGUUACAUCAAGAGGACACGGUUAUAGUGAUAGAUAUGAUAGUGAACCUAAAUCAAGUCGUUACGAUAGUUCCUUUAAAGAUUUUGACGCUCAAAUAGAAAAACAACGAAAGAAAGAAUCACGAUUUAGAUCAUUCCAUGAUAGAAGUGACUCACCGGGAGACUCACCUGUAGAAUAUCCAAGUGAGGGGGAGUAUGAUUAUACAGAAGAGGAAGAGAGUUCCACAAAGAAAGAGUUCCAUGAAGAUGAAGAAGAAUACACAAGUUCCAGCAAAACAAAACCAACAGUAGCUACUACUACAACAAAAACAAAGUCACGUAAACCAAUUGAUAUGGGUGCUGCCGCGACCUACGGUGGGGGACAUAAAAAACAAGAUAGUCAAACAUUAAGUAUAGGAUCCGAUUUAAUGGAGUCAAAGCCCCAAGAAGCAGAUUUCUUUGCAGAUUUUACAUCGGCAUCGACAACAGCACCUGUAGGCACUAACAAUGGUAUUGAUGACUUUAACCCCAGGGGCAGUGAUCAACCAGCUAAGGCAACUACACAAGAUUUUAAUGGCGAUUUCGGUGACUUCACUUCAUUCCAGAAUUCAUCACCCGCUAAACCAGCGCUAGGGGAAACAGAUUUAUAUGGUGGCUUCCAGAGUACAGGAUCUUUAGGUGCAACUUUACAAUCAGAGAUGAGCUUACUUUCACCACAUCCUGCUAAUAGCAAUCAACAGUUGUUACAAUCUCAAAUGUCUACAAAUCCUCUGCAAUCAAAUUUCAUGCAGCCCAUUCAACCACAGAAUCCCCUCAUGCAGGCAGCACCCCUUCAAUCCCAACCAUUGCAGCCACAGGUCAACCUAAUGCAGACUCAAGUUGGCUCGAUGCAACCCCAAGUUAGCCCGAUGCAGCCUCAAGCUAACCCGCUGCAGCCUAGCCUUAUGUCAUCUCAACCAAUUCUUCAGCCGGACACUGAAGCACCAUCAAUAGUGAAUAGCAUCUUGGAUGGUGGUACCGUAUUGACUACUAUUACCGCUCAAUCUCCAUUAAUGUCAGCAUCUCCUGUGCACAUGAUGUCAUCACAACAAAUGGGAAAUAAUUUAAUGAAAAGUGAUAGCACGGCUUCAUCUCAGAAUGUUAAUAUGAUGCCUUCCUCACCCCACAUGCUGCCCUCUUCACACAUGUUUCCUCCUUCCCAAAUAGUACCUCCUUCCCACAUGAUUUACCCCUCCCAAAUAAACUCCGAUUCCUGUUACUCAAUGGCAUACCUGACACAACCUUUCAUGAUUGGCGAUAUGAAUUCUUAUAUGCAGCAGCAACAAGGUUUAGGAAAUAUGAUGCCAAUGAAUGCAGCAUCGGUGAAUAGCGGGUCUAUGCAAAUGACGCAACAGAAAUCCUCUGUAGUGAAGCCUAAUUCAGCUACAACUCCACAGAAAAACACCUGGAGCGAUUCCAAGGUCAACAUAAGUCUAGAUUCAUUAAGUCCGGCAGACAAAUAUAAAAAAGUUUCUCAGCCUUCAAUGAACCAACUUGUAGGCAGCCAAACUCAAGUAUUAGGAUCCCCUCAACAACAACAACAGCAGCAGCAACAACAACAUAUAACCAAUAACAUGGCACAAAUGAACCUUGGAAACCAAAUGCCACAGCAAGGCAUGAUAGGAAUGCAGCAGCAAGGCAUGAUGGGAGCCAUGCCAGGCAUGGUGCCAAUGGGAAUGGGUAUGCAGCAAGGCAACAUGGGAAUGCAGCAACGUAACAUGGGUAUGCAGCAAGGCAGCAUGGGAAUGAUGCAAGGCAAUAUGGGAAUGCAGCAAACUAACAUGGGAAUGGGAAAUAUGGGAAUGAACAUGGGAAUGGGAAUGGGUCAACGGCAACAAAUGGGAAAUUUUGGGACAAUGGGAAACUGAUUCCUGCUGUACUACUUAAAUAUGAUUUAUUUCAAUACAAAUAUUAAAAUUGAAUUAUGUAAAAAAAAAUAUGGAAUAUAAAAAUGAAAUGAGGGAUAUAUAUAUAUAGCUGAUGUCAUAAAGAAGCUGUGUAAAACAUAAUUAAGGAUAGAUGCUAGCAAUAUGAGUGACAAAAGUGUUAUAUUACAAUGAAUUGAAACUAGAAAUCUAACCCAUGGUUUUUGGGGGUUUUUUUUGUGCAUAUUUUAACGAUGCUAAGUUGUUGAUUAUAACCCCCACACAUGGUCUGUUGCAUAAUAUUGCAAGUAUAUUAAUUACCCAUAAUCUUUUGCUGAAUUGUUUUUCUUUUGCUAUGGUGGUAUGCGUAUAGCACCAACUUUCAUUGGGCUUUCUUCCAUGAGAAGCAUUCUGUUAACCAUUAGAAACACUGUUAACCAUAAGAAGCAUGCUGUUGACCAAAUAUUUAAAUUUAGUCUGUGUUUAUUCACUUGUAUACAUGUUCAUUUACAUUUGUGUUGCAGGUCACACACACCCUGUAUUGCAAAUGAAAUUGUGACAGAACCUUAACUUUUGACUUUGGGAAAAAAUAAAGCAAUUUAUUUAUAUUGUGGCAGCUUAUCUCAUUUGAUGUCAACUCUGCAGAAAGACAAAGAAAAAGUUGAUUAAACAUUCUUGGUGGGAUGAAAGUUAAAUUUUAAAAUAGUUUGUUUUAAGGCAUCAGUACUUGGUGGGUGUGGGGGGGGGGGUGUUAGGGUUGGCCAAGCAGGGAAGUGGAAUUGUAGGACCUUCAUCCUCCAACCUUUUUGUAAUCUUUCAAUGUUCUGCAUUUUGUGUACUGCAGGAAAUACUGUAACCAAGGUACUGUACUGUAUAUGAAUUGUCGUCUGACAUUGUAUAAUUUUAUUUUGAAAGUCAGAAGUUUGCCAGUCGUUGGUUGCUGGUACUGUGGCUAAUAAAACUGGUUGACAGGCAAUAUUGCUGGCUUAGUAAAAAGGGAGUGGCUGAGAGACUGUCAAACAGUAGCAGUGCUUGCUGAAAUGUUUAACAACAACAAUGCUACAUUUAUUUAUAUAUUUAGUCUUUCAUUGUUUAGAUACAUGACGACACAACAUCUUAAAACUUCUUAAAGCAUGCAGGUGGUAUAAUAUUAUUAUGUUAAAGUGAUGUUUUAGGGUAAGUUCAGAUUCAGAGAUUAACUCUAGCAUAACUAAAGAUCAAAUCAAAAGCAACGUGAUUAAUUUUUAUGAUAAAAUAAAAUUUAUCUUUUUUUUGCUAGAUUCUGUUUUCUGGGAAAAUAAGUAUCAUCAGUGCAUUACAUUUCUAACUAACCGGCAUACGUUGAUCUUUGGUCAGGUAUUCGUAAUGCCAGUAAGCAGAAAUGAAUGCGUACAUAAGCUAAACCACAAAAGAUUUGACGGUGAAUUUCUAAACAUUAAUGUUUUCAUCAAAUAGAAUUUACUUACAGUAUUAUUUUAUAGCUUGACUUAUCAGUCUGAAACAUAUUUUAACAAGCAGCAUAGAGUAAUGUUAGUUAAAGGUUUGUACAGUACUUCAUUCAUAUAUUUAACUACUGCACAGAAUAGGAUAAAAUUCGUUGGUUUAUUGAAUGAUCUAAAUCUAAAGAGAAGUAGACUAUACUUAUUAUUUCCUUUAAUGCUUUGAAUUUCAUGCCAGUAAUGUAUUCUUAUACAGAAGCAUUGUGAAUAACCAAUAUUUUCUGAAAGUGGCAUCAUAGUGUGUACUUUUUGAUUAGGUCAUCAAAAGAAAUGUAACCACAGCAUUAUAUAAUAAUACAGAUGAUUGCAUCCUGAUUUGCAAUCAGGUACUUUUUGUAUCUAAACUAUAGAAGACUUGCGAAAUUAAGACAAUUUUUCGGGGAAACACUCCUAUGAAAAAAAAAGUAAUUUCUAUCAAUUUCUUAGCAAUGUUGUAUAGUUUAAACAACACACAUUAAACUAUUUUUAUACCAAAUUUAUGUAUACUACACAUAUACUAGAUACAUUUUACAUUUUUGUUUAAAGAACUGGUUAAUAUGUAUUCAAUUUUGUUUCAUUUUUUGUUUGGUUGUUUUUCCUCAUUGUUCAUCUUUUUUAAUAACACUAAUCUGCAGAACGUAUUGCUUAUUUUAAUAAUAUAUGUUGAUAUAUCUAAUGUAUUAUGAUUGUUUAUUCAUAUUAUUAUUCAUCAUCACCACCACAUUUGAUUUCCAGAUAUGAAUAGGCCUAUUUUAAAAUCACUUGUAAAUUUUAUUUGUGUAGUUUUGUCUUACGUGGCAUAGUACUGUACGUCCACCGUCUACGAGGUUGACGAAUGUCUUAAUACAUUUCUGUGAAUGUAUAGAAAAAAUUAAAGGAAAAUAAUAUGAACAGAUAAAUUUUAAUCUUAUUGAAAAAUUGCUCUGUAAUAUUUUUAUUUUUUAUUGCUGUCUGUACUUUGUUUCUAUAUAUUGUGUUUUUGUUUUUACAUGUACCUCACAAAUUAUUAGUUUUUUUUAAACCAGAACUAGCCUCGAUAUUCAACCAAUCGGCACUAACCAUUCCAUACCGGAAGUGACGUUUGUGUAUGAACAAAAUCAUUUAACAUGUACAUCAGAAUUUAAAACCUUGUAAAUGUUCCACUACUACUGUAAAGAAAUCAUGUAUUAUUGCUAUUAUUUAUAUU